AUGGCCGACGACGAGGACGACGAGGACGGCAAGGCCUACGACGAUGCCGAAAAUUUUGACGACGACGGCGGCGCGUCUAGCCCGACCAAAACAAAUUUCAAUGACAAUUACGAGUGUCCGUCGGCAACAACUCAAGACGCGCCCAGCCCGACCAAAACAGAUUUCGAGGACAUUGACAAUUACGAGUGUCUGUCGGCAACAACUCAAGACGCGCCCAGCCCGACCAAAACAGAUUUCGAGGACAUUGACAAUUACGAGUGCCCGUCGGCUACGAGCGUCCGUCGGCAACAAUUCUCGACGGCAACGCCACAGGCUACAACGGACUUCGAUGGAAUUUUACGGGCAUUGUCCGCCGGCUCCGGAGGGCAGAAGAACGCGAGUAUCCGUACGUGGCUGGACCUGGUGCCAUGA